GCUCUGGACCACAUUAUGCCAACGAGUGGUAGCUGGCGAGCGAGGAAAUUGUAUUUUGGGCUCUUCUUUACUGCUCUUGAACCAGUGGAGUCAUGGCAACACAAGGUCAGGUUAUCACCUGCAAAGCUGCUGUGGCGUGGGAGCCGAACAAGCCCUUAGUGAUAGAGGAUGUCCAGGUUGCGCCUCCACAAGCCGGAGAGGUUCGCGUUAAGAUCCUCUUUUCGGCUCUUUGCCACACUGAUAUAUACACUUGGUCUGGACAGGAUCCUGAGGGUCUUUUCCCAUGUAUUCUGGGCCACGAAGCUGCUGGGAUUGUGGAAAGCGUUGGUGAAGGUGUAAUAGAGGUUCAACCUGGAGAUCACGUUAUACCUUGUUACCUGGCAGAAUGUAGAGAAUGCAAGUUCUGCAAGUCGGGAAAGACAAAUCUCUGUGGCAAAAUUCGUGAAGCUACUGGCGCUGGUGUUAUGUUUGGGGAUCGUAAGAGCCGCUUCUCUGUAAAUGGGAAGCCUAUCUAUCACUUUAUGGGGACAUCAACUUUCAGCCAAUACUCUGUUGUGCAUGAUGUUAGUAUCGCCAAAGUUGAUCCAAAAGCUCCCUUGGAGAAAAUCUGUUUGCUUGGCUGUGGUGUUCCAACAGGUCUUGGAGCAGUCUGGAACGCAGCCAAAGUUGAACCUGGUUCAGUUGUUGCAAUAUUUGGCCUUGGAACUGUUGGCCUUGCAGCAUCUGAGGGUGCGAAAGCUGCAGGGGCUUCCCGGAUAAUUGGAAUAGAUAUUGACAGCAAAAAAUAUGAGCGUGCCAAGACGUUUGGAGUAACAGAAUUUGUGAACCCAAAAGACUAUGAGAAACCCAUCCAACAGGUUAUCAUCGAACUCACUGAUGGUGGGGUUGACUACAGUUUCGAGUGCAUAGGCAACGUGUCUGUCAUGAGAGCUGCUCUAGAGUGCUGCCACAAGGGUUGGGGAACAUCAGUGAUCGUGGGUGUUGCACCUGCUGGAAAGGAGAUCUCCACAAGGCCAUUUCAGCUGGUCACUGGACGUGUAUGGAAGGGAACUGCCUUUGGUGGUUUCAAGACCCGUACUCAAGUGCCUUGGCUUGUUGAGAAAUACAUGAAGAAGGUGGGGUGGAUGGUCCACCCCACCGAUCUGGAUUUUGAAACCCUGGAUGGCAGAAUGGAUGGAGGAUUUGGCGGUUGUUUUGGUGGAGGAUUUGUUAGUGGAAAUGGAGGAUUGAUGGUGAGCUUGGUGGAAGAUUUGAUGCUGUUGGCAGAGGGGCUGGCAUGGUGGUGCUGGAGGAGAUCAAAGUGGACGAAUAUGUCACACACAGUUUGCCAUUUGGGGAGAUUAACAAUAGUUUUGAUCUGAUGCAUGAGGGGAACUGUCUCAGAUGUGUCUUAGACAUGCAUGCUUGAGGCUUACUUUGUGUUCUUAUGGAUGUGCAUGAAAAGCAAAGUGAUGGGUGCUUUUUGUUAUACUUGUUAUGCUUUUUGUUUCUAUAAUCAGCUACAAUGCUUGGAAUAAAUCUCUGGGAUCAGCCUGGUUGUACUGUAAUCCUGUUGGUUAUAAUAACUUCCAAAAACGGUGUAUUUCUAAAGAUUUUGCACUUUUAAAGUUUGAUAUAAAAUGGGUUGCAGAUGAAACCAGA